GAUUUCCCUGUUCAAACACACCUGAUUCAGGAGCAAUAAUGAACAAAGCAAAACCUCCUGAACUCAUCAGAGCUGGAUUUCCCAAAAGCAUCUUAGCACAAAGCUGACUGUUAAAACGUAGAGCGAGCAUCACAGUGAACACUCUCUCUCUACCCGUUAAGAUUACUGUGAGACUAAGACGCUUUGGGUGAACUGGACCCAGAUCAGUUCCUUCAUUCUUUGUCAGCACUGAGAAGAGAGAGGUCUCUGCAGGCAUUUAGGGGAAGUGCUGGCUACCAAUGGAUCUACACCAUGUUAACUGUAAAACCAUCAUAUUACAAACACAUAAUGUUGGCCUAUUUGCAAAUGGACAGGUAUUUAUGGGAAGCAGGACAGAAGUGAAGAGGAAGGGAGUCAUUUUCAAGGGACAAAACUGCCAGCUAUUUACAUUGACAUGCCAAAAGUUCUGGGACAGCAGUCUGUAGAUAGAUAGAGGUUACUAACUGGACCCUAGAGGACUUGCAACAUGUGGCAUGGUCCGAUUAGUCACAGUACCAAUUGUUCUGGGCUGAUAGUAGAGUUUGUAUGUGGUGCAGACCACAUGAAGCCAUGGACCCCAGUUGUUAAUAAGGCAUUGUGCAGGCUGGUGGGGGUUUCAUACUGGUGUGGGGUGUGGUCUCAUGGCAUGGGUUGGGUCUCCACUCCACACGCCAUUGACCAUUUCAGUGCUUGGUGACCAUUUGCAGCCCUUCAUGGACUUCAUGGACCCCACAAUGAUGGGAUAUUCAAGCAAGAUAAUGCACCGUGACAUCAGGCCCAAAUUGUCCAGAAUUGGUUUGAAGAGCAUUCUGGGGAGUUUGGAUGAAUGAUGUGGCCUGCAUGUUUGCCCCUAUUGAGCAGGUAAGGGAUGUGGUGGAGUGGUCCAUUCACACCAGAGACCCUGCACCUAUAAACAUCACAGUGCUGUGGGUGGCUAUCCAGGCGACAUAGCUCAACAUGCGUCCAGACAUCGUCUGUCCACUUGUAGAAUCUGUGCCACAUUGAGUUGCUGCACUUCACCAGUUCAGAGGGGGUCCUUCAUGAUACUUAUAGCAGAGCCAGUCUUUCCCCAUAGUUUACCUGUUUAACUCAUAAGACCUGGAUUCUGUUUGCUGAAAUGAACCAAUAAUUUAGAAACCUGGACUCAUCUGGGAGCUCCUUGUUUCAGGUUAUUAAUGAACUGCUGCCAUCUAGAGUAGAAAACACGAAAUAAGUAUAGAUCAUCUGACUGACUCCUCCUUUUUCAAAGCUCCUCCUCCUCCACACUUCCUCAAACUCUUGUAGGAAGUGAACCUCAUCCUGUAUCUCUGAUCUUCAUUCUGCUUUCACUCCACUCAGAGAUGCCAAUGAGGAGCUUUUAAACAGUGACUGUAUGUGUUUGUUUCUUGCUGUGUGAUUCUGAAAGGAGCUAAAACUCACUCAGUGGGUUGAAGGGCUACGGUGGCUGAUUCUCCACUGAGCUGCUCUGAUCAUUACAGACGUCCUGAAAGUGAAAGUGGAGUUUGGACUGAAGGAGCCAUUACAGAGAAACAGCACAGCAGCAGUUGGAGGAAAUGGCUGCUAGAAACCCUCUUUCAGAAGAAGAGCUUUCAUGUCCUGUGUGCUGUGACAUCUUCAGGGAUCCUGUUCUACUGUCGUGCAGCCACAGUGUGUGUAAAACCUGCCUGCAGACGUUCUGGGAAACUAAGGGGUCUCGAGAAUGUCCAAUCUGUAGAAGAAGAUCCUCUAAAGAACAUCCUCCCUGUAACCUCGUACUGAAGAACGUGUGUGAGGCUCUCCUAGAGAGCAGGAGUCAGAGAUCUUCAGCAGGUUCUGAGGGGCUCUGCGUUCUGCACAAUGAGAAACUGAAACUCUUCUGUCUGGAUGAUCAGCAGCCUGUGUGUUUGGUGUGUCAGACUUCAAAGAACCACAGAAAUCACAAAUUCUGUCCAGUAGAUGAAGCUGUGACUGAGUUUAAGGAUAAACUCAAGUCUGCUUUGGAGCCUCUACAGAAGAAUCUGAGAGUCUUAGAGGAAGCUAAACGAGACUAUGACCAAACAGCCGCCCACAUUAAGACGCAGGCCCAGCACACAGAGACGCAGAUAAAGGAGGAGUUUGAGAAGCUUCACCAGUUUCUAAGAGAUGAAGAAGCAGCAAGGAUAGCUGCACUGAAGGAGGAAGAGGAGCAGAAGGGUCAGAUGAUGAGGAGGAAGAUUGAGGAGAUGAAUGGAGAAAUCUCAGCUCUUUCAGACACAAUCAGGAACAUAGAGAAGGAGAUGGAGGCUGAGGACGUUCUGUUCUUACAGUCCACAGAGAAACAAGCUCAGCUCACACCAAAGGAUCCAGAGAAGACAUCAGGAGCUCUGAUCAAUGUUGGGAAGCACCUUUCCAACCUGAAGUUCAGAGUGUGGGAGAACAUGCAGGAGGUUCUCCAGUACACCCCUGUUACUCUGGACCCCAACACUGCACAUCCAGACCUCCACCUGUCUGAUGAUCUCACUGCUGUAGAAAACACAAAGCAGAGUUCAUCACUUCCUGAUAAUCCAGAGAGAUUUGAUAAGUGGUGGUGUGUUCUGGGUUCUGAGGGUUUUAACUCAGGGAUUCACUGCUGGGACGUCCAGGUUGGAGACAGUGAUUACUGGUCACUGGGUGUCAUCACAGAGUCUGGACCAAGAAAAGGAAUCUCUUUCUUGGGUUCAGUGUGGAGGCUGGGCUAUGAUAAAAGCAAUAAUGAAAUCUUGAUUCUCUGUCCAGGACAGUCAGUUCACUCCUUCACCCCUAAAGAGAAGCUGCAGAGGGUCAGAGUGCAGCUGGACUGGGACAGGGGGAAAGUGACCUUCACUGAUCUUCUAACCAACACACACCUGCACACUAUAACACACACCUUCACUGAGAGGGUUUUACCGUUUUUCUCUAAUUAUUCUGUUCAUCCUCUGAGGAUCUUACCAGUGAAGACGUCAGUAACAGUGGAGCAGCACAGUUAAAGCUGAAGCUGCUUAGAAUGAUCAUUUAUAAGGUAGUGAGUGUCUGAAUUAUGAUCAUAAGAAUAUGUCACUGCAUGUAUAUUUUAAAUAAUGUGUUUGUACCGCUCCAUCCUGACAUGUCUGAGUGAAAUAAAAUGCUGGUUUAAAGUGUCA